UAGGUGGUAGUAGUACCAGAAAGGUAAAUUUUCUACGCGUUGAUGUCUAUUAAAAUCGUUGAAAGAGGAAGAAAUAAUUAAUUAAUCGAAACGUACUUAUUUAUCUAAGAAGACAAAAUGGGAAAAGGGUUUAAUAAUUACAUGUGCAAAAAGUUUUUUCAUCCAGCAUCUCGAGAUAACUUAAAACGAGUAUGGAUGGCUGAACAGCAAGCUGAAGCAUAUAAGAAGAAACAAGAAGAAUUGCGAGUUCAGUAUGAAAAAGAACAAGAUCUUCAUAAUAACAAAGCUUUAUUAAGUAAAGAAAGUAAAGAUAAGCUAAGCGUAAACUUCAUGUAUGAACCACCACCGGGAGCAAAAAAGGAGAGAGAAAAAGAAGAUAACGAACCAGAAUAUAAGUUUGAGUGGCAACGCAAAUAUAAUGCACCACGAGAAAGUUACUGUAAAGGAGAUAGCGAAAUAAGAGAUCAACCGUUUGGUAUUCAAGUGCGUAACGUACGUUGUAUUAAAUGUCACAAGUGGGGACAUAUAAAUACAGAUAAAGAAUGUCCUUUGUAUAGUCAAGCAAUGAGCGUAGUAAUGGCAAAUAAUUCGCAAACCCCGUCAGCUCCAGAUGCAUUAACGUUGGUUCAACAAAUGAGGGAAGAUGGUUUAGCGCUUAAAAAAUCCGCUCUAAGUGCUCAACAACAUUUACGAGUUCCUGAGCAUGAACAUCUUAUGGUUUCGGACGAUGAGGAACAAUCGGAAAUCACGUUUUUAAAAACUCUUUCUAAGACAGAAAAGAAAAAAUUGCUAAAGAAAUUGCAACAACUUGAAAAAAAAAACAAGAAAGUAGAAAAACAGAAAUUAAAGAAACACAAAGUUACGCAUAAAUAUAAAAACUACAAUGAUAAAGAUAGCAAUAGCAGUUAUAGCAGUGGUAUCAAUAGCAAUAGCAAGAAAAGGAACAGAAGAAGUAUUAGUAGUAGUAGUAGUAGUAAUAGUAGUAGUAGUAGCAGCAGCAACAGCAGCAGCAGCAGCAGCAGCAGCACUAGCACCAGUAGUAGCAGCAGUGUCAGUAGCACCAGCAGCAGCAGCAGUAGUAGUGGUACCAGUACCAGUUUUGAUACAGAUAAUAAUAGUAUAAAUAAUAUUGAUAAUAAAACUUGUAACGGUUAUACAUCAAACAAGUCCAAAAAAAGGAGAAAUCUAGAGAAGAAGAAGAAGAAGAAGAAGAAGAAGAAGAAAGAAAAAGCAGAUUCCGUUUCAAAUGGUAACGUUAAACAUCGUCGAAAGAAAGAAAAAAAUAAAGCAAAGAGUCGGAAGGGAGAAAAUGAAUUUAAAUAUGAAAGAAAAAAUAAACGCAAAAAGUCGCAUCAAAGAGAUGCAAAGAAAAGGAGAACCAGAGAUUCUUUCACUGAUAAAAAAAGAAAAAUCUCAGAAUUCAACGAGGAUAAAAGUAAAGAUCAUGAAUCUAAAAAGAAAAUAAGACGAUUUUAAGAUUGUGUUUCUGUAUGUUGAAAAUAUAUGAUAAAUUAGAUUAAAUGUCGUAUACGUAUAAGCGCGCACCUAUAUUUGCUGUUAUUACAGAGCGCAAAAUACAGAAAUAAAAUAAAACGUACGCAUGUA